AGUCACGUGCUUGCCACUUGAAGUCGGCAGCAGAAAUGUCUUGCUCGUCAUUGACGGCGAUGUCCUUCAAGCUGUGUGUGCCUCUCUUGAAGGCAGGCCGUGCGUCUCAGUCUACGACUCAUCACUACCUGGACGCGUUCUUUCGAUGUCGUUCAUUGAGCCGUUCAUUGCAUACUGUCAACAGCACUCAUUUCUUGACCCAUCUUGGUAAAAGUCCAUGCUCAUGGUCGACAUCACGCUCCAUACUUUGGCGGAAAAUGGCCACCAAUUCCCAUCCCAGGACGCCUUUGAAUGCUAAAUCACGUCCUCCACCAUAUGCAUCCCGACAGUCAUUGUACGCCGCCCGGAAUCGCAAUCUGCUGAUGUAUUCCUCUGCCGUCAUUGUCUUCGCAGUAGGGGUAACUUAUGCUGCAGUUCCGCUCUACCGGAUGUUCUGCGCAGCCACUGGCUUUGCUGGCACUCCAAAUGUUGGUACAGGCCGAUUCGAACCUGGGCGCCUGGUUCCUGUUGACGGAGCACGUCGCAUCAAGGUUCAUUUCAAUGCUGACCGUGCUGAAGCGCUACCGUGGGCUUUUACUCCGCAACAGAAGUUCGUGACAGUCCUUCCCGGAGAAACCAGUCUUGCUUUUUAUAAGGCCAAGAAUGAGAGUAAAAAUGACAUAAUUGGAAUUGCAACGUACAAUGUCACGCCUGACCGAAUUGCACCGUACUUUUCGAAAGUAGAGUGCUUCUGCUUUGAGGAGCAGAAAUUACUUGCAGGAGAGGAAGUCGAUAUGCCGCUCCUUUUUUUCAUAGAUAAAGACAUUCUCGACGACCCUGCAUGUAGGGGCAUUGAUGACGUUGUUCUGUCGUAUACGUUCUUCAAAGCCCGUCGUAACGCUCAAGGUCAUCUUGAGCCAGAUGCAAGUGACAAAGACGUUCAGAAUUCUCUUGGGUUCGGAGAUUAUGAGAUGGCACCGCGUGCAGAAAUUCGCAAUGCACAACCAGGAAAGAGCUCGUGAUUUAUGUCCAAUUUUCACAGAGCAUAGCAAGUGUUCCUCGUACUCCUUUGUAUAUCUAUUCUAUGGCAUACUUACAUACCAGUACUCGUUCGGACGCAACGGAAUACACCUUCCGGAUACCUUCAAGCACCUUGUCAACAGCAAAUCCGACACAUAACUAUUAUCUCUGCCC